UGCACGCACUCUGACAGGACGCAGGAGACACGCGAGGCUUUAACUUUUUAAUAAAACAAUUUAAACUAUCUGGUUCUAGAAGUUGUACAUUAAAACUUCUUCACAGGUUCAGGUCUGAUCCAGAUCUGAACCAAAUCUGGACCUUAAACAGGAUCCGAAGAAUCUGGAUCAGAAAGCAGGACCCGAACCAGGAGCAGGACCCGAGUCAGGAGCAGGACCUGGAGGAUGUCCCGGGCGGAGGAGCGCGAGGAGCCGGACUGUGUGUGCUCGGUCGGGAUGAAGUCAACGUGGGACAUCAACGACCCCAAACUACCGCAGGACACCAAGCAGUUCGACCUCUUCCAGGAGUGGACAGACGGUUAUGUUCGUUACAUCUACAGUGCAGAAGAUAAAAAUGCUCAGCGACAUCUUUCCGGCUGGGCAAUGAGAAACACCAACAACCACAACUGUCAGAUCCUGAAGAAGUCAUGUCUCGGGGUGGUGGUCUGUUCUCGUGGCUGCACGCUACCGGAUGGAUCCAGACUGCAGCUCCGCCCUGCCAUCUGCGACAAGGCCCGGCAGAAGCAGCAAAAGAAGCUGUGUCCGAGUUGUAACGGUGCUCUGGAGCUGCUGCCAUGUCGCGGUCACAGUGGGUACCCCGUCACCAACUUCUGGAGAGUUGACGGAAAAUCCAUCUUCUUCCAGGCUAAAGGGGUCCAUGACCACCCCAGACCAGAGUCCAAGUCCGAGACUGAAGCAAGAAGAAGUUCAGUGAAGAGACGAGUCAGUUCCCCUCCCUUCACACCAAAGAGACGACUGAUUGAAACACAGGCUUUAGGCCCCGCCCUCCUCUCCUGCGUUGAACCAGCAGACAGAAUCUCCUUCAUCGAACCAAACUUUCCUCAGCAUUACCCAGCAUUCCAGAACCCAGAGCCCUACUACAACCCCCACAAUGCACUGGGAGAAGCCCCACCCACACUGCAGAAACCCGCCAAUCCCAGGCUUUACAUGGGCAGGCCAGGCUACGAGUUCCAAGGGUACCUGACAUCCCCUUCGUAUCCAGUGACUGCUGAUCUCUGUGACCCCAGGGUGGCUCCCGUCCUGGGUUCCUCCUCCUCCUCAUCGGCAGCUCCCCUGUCCUCUUCCUCGACCUUUGACCCUCAGACCAAACAUCCUCCAGGCUGGAAGGAGCUGCUGAAGAGCUCCGCCCCCUACGGAGACAACCACCAUUACUACAGCGCUGAGUACCCCUGUCGUUACCCCGGCAACGCCCCAGGGUCCCCCGCAGCACUACAGACCAUCAUCACCACGACAACCAAGACAAGUGACGACACAGUUCACACCUGGAGACGUUACGCUCAGAGCUGUCAGGUUUCCUAUCAGCCGUGUCCGAAGCCUGCCGCCACGCUCCCUCCCUACCAGACGUGUCCCAAGCCUCCGGCCAGCCUACCGUCCUAUCAGCCGUGUGCUCCGCCCAAACCUGGCUUCCCCGGCUGCUCCUCGCUGAUGGAGGAUGCCGCCUCCUCCUCGUCGUACUCCACUGAGGUGAAGGUGAUGGAGGAAUCUGGAGGAGUCAUCAAGUCUCUGUCAUUUCAGCCUGAACCUCUGCAAACCAAAACAGAGCGGGCAGAUGGUUAUGACUACCGCUACUCGUACCCCAACACGUACCGCUACGACGAGUACUGAGCAGCUCCACCUCCACCUCUGUCAGCAUGGUGACUGCAGUACAACUGCUCCUGGCAGAGCGACUGAUGUGGAACAGAGGGACAAAGAUUUGUUCAGACAUUUGAAUUUUUUUUUUUAUUUUCAUCGGAAAAUACAUUUUGAUCUCGGACACUCCGUCUUCAGGAUUACAUGUGUAACCUUUACACAACAUUUCAUGAAUUUAAAAACGGCCUCAACACAAAGUGUUCCGGUGUCGAGUUCUUCCUCAGUGAAUUUAGAAGCUCAUUGAGGUGAGGAAGACUAUGAUACUUGGCUGAAAGCCUCAGAAACACAGAUGGAUGCAGUUUCAGUGAAGCUUAAGUUUCAAUAAAAAAAAACGUUGCAUUCUAAAGAAUAUCAGGUUGAGACAGACGACUGUUUGUGUGGUUGAGUUAUUUAUUGUCAUAAACAUGAAGACGACUGAGCUUAUGAUGAUGUGUUAUAUUCCCAACCUGACUAUCAAAUAAACAUGACAUGAAGAGAAAGAACGUUUCCUGCUGUGUUACACACUGAGACUAUCAAAUGAAGUUUAUCAAUCAAACUUCUGACCUGGACGUCAGCGUGUCCCAUCUGCUAACAUGGAGGAGGGGGGGCUCAAGCCUUUGUUCAGGUUCAGGUAAUCACAACAUACAUUUCAGUGUCUUCAGAAUUUGGUUGUCCGUGUAGACGUGUCUCAUCUCCACGACCUUUUCAUCUGAGGUCCAGAGUGAUGACGUCAUGCAGCUGUUCCACGUCAGGAGCCCGUUCCUCGUUCAAGCGUCUGAAAACAUGAAUGUGAAUAAACAGACUGA